GCGCUGGGAUCCGCGCGUCGCCUCGCUAAGCACUCCGGCCGGCCUGGGAGAGCGGGGCGCGCGGGUGGCAGGAGCAGGUCGGGGCCGAGGGGAAAGUAGAGUCGCCCACAGGCCGCCGGGCUGCUGCCUCGGCCCCGCCUCUCCCUGGGGGCCCGGGUAACGGCGCUAGGCAGAGUGGCCUCGCCUCAGGCUCUCGGGGCCCCCUUCAGCUCUGUAGGAAAUUUGCUUUAAAUAACCGCCCUGCCCUCCCCUUUUGUGAGGCGCGGGUGUGAGCGUCAUUGACAUAAAAACUAACCGGGCACAACAAAUGCACGGAACGUGUUCCCCGGGCGCGGCGUUCUUCAACCGUUGUACGCUCAGCACUUCGCUCAGGAGCUCACCCAUGCACAGGGCAAUGUGCUACCUGCAUGUUAGUAUGGAGGGACCUAGUUUUGACAAAAGUAAUUGAGCAUCUUAAGUCACAUUUUUGUUGUCAACACAGGGACUGAUGCAUUCAUUGCAUUAGUUCCAGUGUUCUGUGGCACGUAAUCGGACAGAAUUUAGCAAAAUGCCUUUGCUUUUAAGGAUGUAAUCAUUGUCCUUAACAGUAUUGUAGGCAAGCAGUUUUCGACAGAGGGACAGACAUGGAUGACGAGCCUGAAAGAACCAAACGCUGGGAAGGGGGUUAUGAAAGAACAUGGGAAGUUCUGAAAGAAGAUGAAUCUGGGUCACUGAAAGCAACUAUUGAGGACAUUCUCUUUAAGGCGAAGAGAAAAAGAAUCUUUGAACACCAUGGGCAAGUUAGACUUGGAAUGAUGCGUCACCUUUAUGUGGUGGUAGAUGGAUCAAGAACUAUGGAGGACCAAGAUUUAAAACCUAACAGGCUUACGUGUACCUUAAAGUUAUUGGAAUAUUUUGUUGAAGAAUACUUUGACCAAAAUCCUAUUAGUCAGAUUGGUAUAAUUGUAACUAAGAGUAAAAGAGCUGAAAAGUUGACAGAACUUUCAGGAAACCCAAGAAAGCAUAUAACUGCUCUGAAGAAAGCUGUAGAUCUGACCUGCCAUGGAGAACCAUCUCUGUAUAACUCUUUAAAUUUGGCCAUGCAGACUUUAAAGCACAUGCCAGGACAUACAAGCAGAGAGGUUUUGAUUAUCUUCAGUAGCCUGACAACGUGUGAUCCAUCUAAUAUCUAUGAUCUAAUUAAGUGUUUAAAAGCAGUUAAGAUCAGAGUAUCUGUCAUUGGCCUAUCUGCUGAAGUUCGAGUUUGUACUGUACUUGCCCGAGAAACAGGUGGAAUGUACCAUGUAAUUUUAGAUGAAAGCCACUAUAAGGAGCUGCUGAUGCAUCAUAUUAGCCCUCCACCUGCCAGUUCAAGUUCUGAAUGCUCCCUCAUUCGAAUGGGUUUUCCUCAGCAUACCAUUGCUUCGCUCUCUGAUCAGGAUGCUAAACCAUCAUUUAGCAUGGCGCACUUGGAAAACAACAGUGAUCCAGGUCUCACGUUGGGUGGAUAUUUCUGUCCCCAGUGUAGGGCCAAAUACUGUGAACUCCCUGUGGAAUGCAAAAUCUGUGAUGCUUAUGAGUGAGGUUGUCUGCAUUAGGAAGGGUUUUGCAGCUGAUGAUUUUGUGCAAAAUACGGUCCAAUAGGUCCCUCUCCUAUUAACAGCAGUUGUCUGGCAAACUGAAGAGCAUGCACAAAUUCAUUGACACAAUCGUACUGU